UCCACCAUGGACCCACGAAACUCCACCACCUCCACCUCCACCUCCACCACCACUCCCCCAAUCCCCUCCUCCUCUGAACCACCACAACCCCAAUCCCAACCUCCGCCGCAGCCCUCCACCUCAACCUCUUCAACCCCCGCCCCAAUCCCUCCAUCCCCAAACCCUAACCCUAAACCCUCAACCCCAUCACUACCACCGCCUCAGUCCCUCCCAGCUCCCGCUCAGACUCGCCCUUCCCCCGCAUCGAACCGCCCAUGGCCGCAGCCGCCUCACUACUCCCACCACUACGUCUCCCCUUCUCCCUCCGCUUCCUCAGCCCCUCCGGCGCCGUCGGUCUCCGGGCCUCCUCCGAGGGGCGGCAUUGCCAUCGGUGUUCCCGCGCACCACCCUAGCACCCCUCCCCCUCAGCCCGCUCCAUAUACCUCAUCGUACGGCCACUUCGGCGGCCUCGGCCGCGGCGGCGGUAUUGGUGUGCCUGAACCCACCGCCAAUUCUUCCAAUGCUUCUCAGGUGAGACCGGUGAGGACGCCGAUGCCGGGAAUGCAGGGAAUGGGGAUGACUGGCUCGCUUGGUUCGAAUCCUCAAAUGCGGCCAGCAGGGAUUUCUCCACAGCAUCCUCAGAGACCUGUUCAUUCUCCUCUUAGACCAGCUUCUGCACCAAGUAAUCAGUCUCCUGCUACACAAAAUUUCCAAGGGCAUAAUCUUUCAAGAGCCUCAUCAUUGGGAUCUCCUAGUUCACCAAGUACAUCUCAAGGUGUACCACUUCAUAAUCAGCCAUGGUUAUCUGGAUCACAAGGGAAGCCUCCUAUACCCUCCUCUCCGUAUAGGCAGCAAAUGGUGCCAACAUCGAUGCUGCAAAGAUCACAUCUUCCUCAGCAACAGCAGCAGCAACAACACCUUCCCCUUCCUACGACUUCACCGCAACAGCAGCAAGGACCCAUGCCUACAGCUUCACCGCAACAGCAUAUGCCCUCAGUGCAGCAUCAACAACCUUCCUCCUCACAUCAAGGACUUGAUCAUUUUGGGCAACAAACUCCACCACCAAGGAUUCCACAAGCUUCACCUCGUCAGCAACAAAAUACAAGGGCCCAGGUCCCAGUAAACCAGAAGUCUUCCCCUCUUGCAGUAGCACAGCCUAACACAGUCCAAUCAGCACAGCAGAAUAGAAUCACUAGUGCAGAAACUGAGGAACCCUGUAACAGAAUUCUUAGUAAAAGAACAAUUCAUGAGCUAGUAAAUCAGAUUGAUCCAUCUGAGAGAUUGGAUCCAGAUGUUGAAGACAUUCUCAUGGACAUUGCAGAUGAAUUUGUAGAAUCUAUAACAACAUUUAGUUGCUCCCUAGCCAAGCAUCGGAAAUCAACUACAUUGGAAGCAAAAGACAUACUCCUACACCUUGAAAAAAAUUGGAAUAUAACUCUUCCUGGGUUUGGUGGUGAUGAGAUUAAGGGCUUCAGAAAACCGAUUACAAAUGAUAUUCACAAGGGGCGUCUUGCUGCUAUUAAGAAGUCUAUGGUAGUUACUGAGACCGCAAAUACUCGGAAUUCGGCAGGGCAAGCUACUGUAAAUGCGAAGGGUGGUCCGGUAAAAGCGCCUGCCAAUAUAAGCUCCCAGAGUAACAAAAUGCGUGAAGUUACUUGAUACUGAUUCAAGUAUAUCUCAUAAUGAAAAUAGGCGGCAAGUUUUGAUACAGGCUGUGGGCCAAAAAGCUGCCCUUGCGAGUUCCGAACAGUGGAUUGAAAUCAAGUUUACGACUUGCACAAGCUGAUUGAUACAUCCCGACCCUUUUGGUUCAUGAAUCAACACCAACCUGUUGUGUGGUCAAAACUUUACGGCGGGUUCUUAACCUUUUUUUUUUUUUUUUGCAGACGCCCACUGCCUUGUAUGAGGUUAACUAAGAUUUAUGAACGUGAAGGAUAAUACAUGAAAAACGUUAUAUGUU